AUGGCCCCCUCCUCAACACAGUCAGCAUGCGGGAUUCCUGAGAUUCUGGAGAUGAUUCUCCUCAAACUGGACAUGCGGACGCUCCUUUGCAUGCAACGAACAUGUCGCUUCUGGUUAAGCAUGAUCAGAGAGUCACCAGCCAUACAAAAAGCCCUGUAUUUUAUACCUAUAGAAAACACACCGGGUCAGGAAAAAGCCCAGAACCCUUUAUUGGUAGAAGCAUUCCCUGCACUGUUCAACCUCAGCGACGCCGAUAAUCCGGACGACGGCUAUGUAUACGACGAACGCACCCUCGCCACCUUCGACAUGAUGAAAACCCCUCCAAACUAG